UGUAUGCUAUACUUUUAAAUAUUAUAUAGUACAGAAUAAUUUAGUUAAUUGAGUACAUUCAGUCAAUUUAGUCACAUGAGUACAAACAAAUAGUACAUGUGAGUGAGUAAUAAUUUAACCUUAUAAGCAAAUUUUGCAAAUUAGAAACAAUUUUGAUAACAAUACUAAGUCAUUGUUGGAAAAUCUGCUGCAGCAAGUACCUGGACAACGCAAUCGUAGCUUGGUCUAAUGACUCGAAGUGGAGAGAAACCCAAAGGAAUCCAAACGACUUUGAAACUCACGACCCAGCAACGCCAAUGUCAAGAUUCUGCAAAAUCGACGGUGACUUGUGACUUUUCCGGCGCAUCGCAGAUAUGAUCGAAGAAUCGGUUUCCCCCAUCGGUUACAGCCUGAGUGACCUGUGCAACAGAAUUUCCCUCGCGGCAUCUGAAUCGGACGAGACGCAAAACCUUCUGUUUACAAUGAAAACCUUCCAGUGUUUGGUGUGCGACAAGACGUUCAAACAAAAAUCCCACUUCUUGACCCACAUGUGCACCCACGUUGGUAAACUGCCGGAUUACUCCCAAAUUAUCGGAAACCUGUACCCGACCAACCAAACCAGCCAAGCAUCCUUCACCCCCUCCAUGAAUCAGCAAUCCAUCGUCCCAAAUGGUAACUUCACGCAAGACACGCCAGGUCACCAGCUCAACCUCAACUACUUCAGUGGGGUUUCGCAAACCUUCAUCCACAUGAGUGGUUUCGACACUUCCCUGGCCUGCCACCAGUGCCUACUCUACUUCGAGGACCCGGACAGUCACAAGCACCCCAAGCUCGUCCAUCCCUUUUACUCCUGUCCUUUGUGUCCACUGUCCUUUGCUCAGGGCAGGGACGUUUCGACGCACAUGGCCAGCCAGCACUGCUUCCCCUGCGACACGUGCCCUGGAAUUUGCACCACGUCCUACGAUCUCGUCAACCAUAAACGCGAAGUUCACGGUGUUUAA